GGUUCCUCACUGCUGUUAUUGACGCUCAUCAAAGCCAUGGGAGGGACGGCCAGACAGACAGACGGCCAAACAAGGAAGUUCUCCUCUAACUACUGCCUUAUCACUCUAAGAGGCUGCAGCAAUUCUUCAUCUCAGCAUGACAGACAUCUCCUUUUCUGACCGGCUACAGCAGGACGCGCCAUAUUUAAAUAACAACCGAAAACUGACUGAGUUGAUUGUGGACAGGAUUAUUUUGCAGCUAAAUCGUAUCUAUCCUCAGGUUCUGUCAAACAAGGAAGCUGAAAGGUUUAGGAGCCUGAAAAUUCCUCUGCGCACUCGGCUGGUUGACCUGUUGAAGAAUCUCCAGAAAAAAGGGGAACGAGAAUGUCAGGAGUUCUACAGGGCUCUACAGAACAAUGCAGACAAGAUUUAUGCCACAUUGCCAAGCAGAAGCAGCCUGAAUAUCUCAGAUCCUGUAGAAAUCUGUCCAGACGAGGGGAAACUUAUCCUCAAUGACCGAG